CCUACUGGACCCGGUAAUGAUAGCGUCUGGUUUUAACAAGUCACCGCCGCGCGCGUCGCUAGUGGUGGCCUCCUCCUCGAUCGCCUAUUAAAUUCUCUCCCCGCCUCAUCUAGGGUUUGGCCCUCCGUGUAAUCCUAUUCCUAUCUCUAUCCAUUACUACUCUCCAGUGUUCUUUUUUCCGUACCCAUGGCGGCGGCGGCGGCGGCGGCGAAGAGGAAGCCGGUGUUCGUCAAGGUGGACCAGCUCAAGCCCGGCACGGGCGGCCACACGCUCGUCGCCAAGGUGCUCAGCUCCAAGACCGUGGUCCAGAAGGGCCGCGCCGCCGCGGGAGCGGGCCCGGCGGCGCGUCCCACGAGGAUCGCCGAGUGCCUCAUCGGCGACGAGACCGGCUGCAUCCUGUUCACCGCCCGCAACGAGCAGGUUGACCUGAUGAAGGCUGACAGCACUGUUAUUAUCCGCAAUGCAAAAAUUGAUAUGUUCAAAGGAUCAAUGAGGCUUGCUGUGGACAAAUGGGGCCGCAUUGAAGUGACUGAACCGGCAAGUUUCAACGUAAAGGAGGAUAACAAUCUCUCACUUGUGGAGUAUGAACUUGUCAAUGUUGAAGGGUGAGAUCGUGUUGGUUUCGUUGUUAUUCAGAAGUUAUGUGUUCCAAGCCUAUUUGGUCAAAUUCUACCUUUUGAGUUGGCUCAAGAAAGUGAAAGAUGAAGGAGAUUCUGAGGUUAGGUUGUAGCAGUUGGUCUGAACUGCUUCAUGUCCUCCUAUCGAGCAUUUCUAUGUACGGAUGGGUAUUAGCCUAUUAGGUGCUGCAGCAGUUGUGGUUGUAAGAACAAAUGUGAUGUGAGAUGAUCAGUCAAUUUGCUGCUGCAUUUUGAGCCUCUAAAAGGAUAUGAUUUCUAGGAGAUAAAUUGUCUGCAGUGCUUCUGAUUCGAACCGUAGUAAUCUUAUGUUUGAACCUCUGGUCCAUAUGGGCAAAAAUUGUUUCUUGGA